AUGGGUAUCGGAAAAUAUCGAGGAUAUCAGCAAAAUAUCGGGAAUAUCGCACUUAUCGGGGAUAUAUCGUUGAUACAGGGGAAGAUAUGGCCAUACCCCCCAAUAACGGUGUCGAUAGUUGAAAAUACCAACAUAUCGGCAGAUAUAUCGUUUUUAUUUUCUCACGCACCGAGCGCAGGGUUUUCACUGACCCCGGGUUCGGGGCGCAACAGUUAUGUUUGGGACAAUAUUGGUGUUGUUAGUAAUGGGCACUGGCCUGUCUCUCUGAAUUUAACAUGGUAUCAGAGCGGGUUGACUGACUGGGCCUGA